AACUAAUUAUUCUUCACCCCCAAAAGAACAAAAAUCCUUUCAUUUAUAUAACCCCAUUUCCUCCUCCAUUUUCACCCUCCAACUUCCAACCCACAGAGAUUUUUUCUUUUCCUCAAAACAAAACCCCAUAAAAAUGAAAAGAAAAAUCUGGGUUUUGGAGAUCCUCCUCCUUCUACAUUAUCUCUUUCUGGGGGGAGGGACAGCGGCGGAGGCGGGAAUGGCGGUGACGACGGCGGCAAUGACGCCGCCGGAAGGGAACACGACGUUUUUAGAUGGGACUUCGUGGUGUGUGGCAAAGGCUGGAGCUUCGCAGAUUGAUCUGCAGAAUGCGUUGGAUUGGGCGUGUGGAUUGGGGAAAGCGGAUUGUAGAGCCAUUCAAAAGGGAGGGCCUUGUUAUCAACCGGAUACGCUACUGUCUCAUGCUUCUUAUGCAUUUAAUAGCUAUUAUCAACAAAAUGGCAACUCUGAUAUUGCUUGCAAUUUUGGUGGUUGUGCCACUCUGACCAAAAAUAACCCAAGUUAUGGGAAAUGUGACUAUUCAGCAUCCAGUUCAACAAGCUCGGCACCUUCAAAAUUCAAGAACAGUCCAAGCCAUAUCUGCCUGAAGUUGCUUUGUGGGGUUUUCAUGCUUCUAAAUUUAUAUUUUGGAAGCUCAUAAUUAUUUUGGUUUUGGCUUAAGCUUAAUUAAUUAAUUUUAAUUGACAAAAGCCAAGUGAAUCUGAUUUUAUGUUGGAUGGAAGGAAAGGAGACAAAAGGAUGAGUUAAUUAAUUAGCAUUUUGUAAA